AAUCAACAUUCUGCACAUGCGCAGUAGGCCUGACGAAAACUUCCUGCGAAAUAGUGCUCCCUAACAACAGACAAAGCUUGUGGAUUCAGUUAAAGACGCUUAAUUAAAAGCGUUUCUCGUUCACUCCUUCAAUGGGUCCGGACACGCUUUCCAGGUGUAGAGAGUAGGCUGUGCGUGCAGACAUGUCAGGUCGCUCUGCUGCAGAGAUGGUCGACUCGCAGGAGCUGCCUGAACUGCCGGCAAAGAAGGCUAAGCUUGAGAUAGACGGUGGACUGGAAGAAGAGCCGAGUGAUUUAGGCGACGAUAGGAGUCCAGCUGCUGCGUUGGGUUCAUCACAGCAGGAAGGCUCUUACUCUGCCCUGUCCACAGCCCAGCUCGAUCCAGGUGAUCAGGUGCAGUCGGACAGAGGGGCGGCACCUCAAGCAUGCGAUGACUCCAUGAACUCGUAUGCACAUUCUGCCACAGACUCUACAGCAACAUCUGAAUACACCCAACAGGUUUAUCAAGGAAGCAACCCAGCAGUGACGUCGUACACCAACCAGGUGGGCUUUCCUCCUCUGGCCCAGUCCACUGUGUACUCAGCCUUCCCCCAGACAGGCCAGACCUACGGCCUCCCGCCCUUUGGUGCUAUGUGGCCAGGCAUUAAAACAGAGACAGGGUUGCCUGAGGCGCCCUCUGGUGGCCAGCCUGGGUUUCUCAGCUUCAGCACCGCAUAUACCUCAACCCAGCCAGGCCAGCUGCACUACUCAUACCCCAGCCAAGGCUCAAGCUUCACAACAUCCAGUGUGUACUCCAGCAUCCCUUCAGCGACAGCUGCCACCACAACAUCUCCCACAGUGGCCCACCAGGAAUUUAGCAGCUACAACUCUCUGGGACAGAGUCAGUUCUCUCAGUAUUACGCUCUGCCUCCCAGCUACGUGCCUGCCGGGCUGCCCAGCAGCGAUGACCACGGUGCCGCGGUGGGAGUGGCCGGAUAUUCAGCUGUAAAGUCGGAGCAGGCCGCCUCAGCUGGACUGCCUCCCAGGGAUGCGUCUCCACCAGAGAACCUCCCAGCAGGUGCGGCCCUCCCUACCAGUGUGGCUCUCCCCGCCGGAGCCCGAGAUCAGGACGAGGUUGGACGCAGGAACUCUGUUGGCAAAGCCAAAGGGAAGGGCAAGAGGCCUGAUAGCUCCCCGCCUGCUGACACCGACCUGGAGAGAAUCUUUCUGUGGGAUCUGGAUGAAACCAUUAUUAUAUUCCACUCACUGCUCACGGGCUCCUACGCACAGAAGUUUGGCAAGGACCCAGCAACAGUGCUGAACUUGGGCUUGCAGAUGGAGGAGCUGAUCUUUGAGCUGGCAGACACUCACCUCUUCUUCAACGACCUGGAGGAAUGCGAUCAAGUCCAUGUUGAGGAUGUUGCCUCUGAUGACAAUGGGCAGGAGCUGAGUACCUACAACUUCUUGACUGAUGGCUUUAAUGGUGCCAGUGGUGGCGGUGCAUCAGGAACCACCACGGGGGUCCAGGGAGGCGUGGAGUGGAUGCGGAAACUGGCCUUCCGCUACCGCCGGCUAAAAGAGAUGUACAAUAACUAUAAAGGGAAUGUUGGAGACUUGUUGAGUCCUAUGAAGAGGGAGCUGCUUCUCCGGCUUCAGUCAGAGAUCGAGAACGUUACAGACGUAUGGCUCAGCACAGCACUCAAGUCUCUGCUGCUCAUCCAGUCCAGGGGGAAGUGUAUGAAUGUGUUGGUCACCACCACUCAGCUGGUUCCAGCUCUGGCGAAGGUGCUGCUCUACGGCCUGGGAGACGUCUUCCCCAUCGAGAACAUCUACAGUGCCACUAAAAUAGGGAAAGAGAGUUGCUUUGAGAGGAUCGUCUCUCGCUUUGGAAAGAAAGUGACUUACGUGGUGAUAGGUGACGGUCGAGAUGAGGAGUUUGCAGCAAAACAGCACAAUAUGCCUUUCUGGCGGAUCUCCACUCACGGCGACCUCGUGUCCCUGCACCAAGCGCUGGAACUGGAUUUCUUGUAAAGGAGGCGGCGUUUGAAUGUCGCACACUAAAGGGAAGAUGAAGUUGUCGUCCUGUCGGGCUGCGGAGUGACAUUAUGUGAGAAAACCCUCCACAACCCCCGAACGACACAAACUUGCAUAUUAGAAAAUCUGCCCUGACUUGAGGACUAAUGACUCACUGUGUGAUGUGUGAUGGAAACAUACUGAGGCGGACUUUGGGUGGGAGCUGACUGUGAGAAACAGACUGGAUGCAUCAUUCGGCUGAGUUUAGGUUCCUGACGCCCAGCACUCCCUCCUCUACGGCAGCUAACCUCACCACGGCUGAAACUGGCACUGAUUUGGACACAGAAGGGAAGAUAUCCAUUUUUUUUUCCUCCUCUUUGGUCUCUUCUUCUUCUUCUUCUUCUUCUUCUUCUUCUUCUUUUAAGUUUCAAAAUGUCUUGCAGUGAAAACAAUCGCUCUAAUUGUUCAUUCUCUUUCUGCAUUUAAACGACCAAAGGGCCAUUGUUUAUUGGCAUUCUCUUUAGUUGUUGUAGCUUUUUAUUUAGGCUCUGUGUAACUGAAAGAUUAAUAUCAGAGCAGUUUUUUUUAUCUCUUCUGGGUUGUUUUGCACUCGUACAAAGACUUGAAAGCAUAAUUUUGCAGAAGUUACUUGACAGUCAUCAAAUGAUCGCACUAUUCGCCUCCCAUGUAACCAUUCAACUAUUUAACACGAGGAACCAGAUGAGGUCAAAGAAAUCUUGGUCAUGACCUCCCCUCCUGACCCAACCAAACCACGCCACCAGUCAGCUGCCGGACCUCCACUGUGUUGCAACAUACAUGUGUGUGUGAUCUGAGGUCAGUAAGCCUGCUGGGAAUCAACUUCUGACAAACCUGAGCCGGCUCUCCAACGCUCAGUAAUACAAUAUGAAAGGUAAUAAGCAUAAACCAAACACGGAUCAAUUUCAACUACUGGAGUUCUCCUGAAGGGUUGUACGAGUAGACAAGAACCACAUUUCCUGCCCCAGUAGUCCUCAUAGUAUUAGUAAGACUGCACGGGCAUAGUCUUACUAAUAAGACUUGAGCAUAACGUCCAAAUAAAUACCUUAGCUGUCUCCCAAAUCCAUACUACAUACUAAUACUAUACGCUAUGUACUAGAUACUAAUCUGCAUUAGGGCUGCAACUAUUAUUUUCAUUAUCAAUUGAUGUGAUGAUUCUUUUCUAAAUGAAUCGUUUGAUCUGUAAAAUGUCAGAGGGAAGUGAAAAGUGUCCUUUUCAAUUUCUCCACGCUGACGUCUUUAAAUGUUUUGAUUUUAAUGCGAUUAUAAAACGGAGAAAAGCAGGAAAUCUCCGUAUUUGAGAGGCUGAAAACAGGAUUAUUUUGCUUAGAAUUAGUAUGUGGUAAAGAUUUGGGACACAGCUCGGAUCUCCAAAUUUGGUGAAUUUGAAGGAAGAAUGAAAUGUUCCUUUUUUGGGAUGAGAGCUUCGUAAACUCCAUAAACCAUUUAAAAACCUGUAGAUUACCUGAAAAGUGCUUUGACACAAAGAUACAAGCCGGGCUGUUCUUAGCUGAUGAUGUUAUACUAUUAUUAGUAUAUUGACAGCUGAUUUUGGGUUCCUCAGUGGACAGUCCUAAGUAUCCUCGUAAUCCCUUAAAGAGACUAACGUCCGUCAAAUAAGCUUUAAAAUGGUUCAGUUGAAAGUGGCACGAUACAUAUUUUAAUUCCAAAUAAUAGCGUGUUAAGUGUAAAUCCAGAUAACGUGACUCUGUAAACAAACCCUGAAUCAUGUUUUCUGUAUAUUCAGUGUUUGUAAGUCGAGGCAGGAGAGAUAUGAGAGAUUGCAACGUGUAUGGAUCACAGAACUGGGCACAGCCUCUGUCUGAAGUGGCCGUUACGCUCAAUCAAUGUUGUUCUGCUCCUGCUCCUCAGUCUUUCUCCUGUACAGCGAGACUGAUAUGUCGCCGAUUUUCUUUUGCUCAUUGCCGAUGUCGCUGUACAUCUCAGCCAAGAGUAACAAGACACCGCGUCUCUGUUACAUAAUGUAUCCAACCGAGAGCACCGACAUGCUUCUCUCGUGCUGUUCAGGAUGAUUCUUGGUCACUUUAAAAUCUAAGGGAUAUUUAUCAAGUUUGGCCAACUUUCUGUUAUAUUUGGUUUAAAGGGAGAAUCCUUGUUUAUGUGCAUCAUGUGUCCAUCAGUGUUGAUGGUAAAUGUAGUCAACUGAAGCAAUUCAUUUCUCAAUGCGUGCUGUAUUGACCGUGAAAGCUGAGAUGUCCUGCUCACAAGUGCCUACAUGUACCACGAUGCACAGCAUGCAAGCUUCUGACGCCCAGGGUCCCCGCCGGACAUAUCCUCUUGUGUUGCCGCAGCCUCUGGCUCUCUCUGCCGAGUCAGCUAAAGCAGCGUGUAUGCUAAAAUGUAUCCUCGUCCAUAACCUCCUCUGCACUCAUAUUUCGGGAAGUCACUGUUGGCAAUGUAACUAGUUUACAAUACAAACAAGGAAGUUCUGUUUGUGUGCCCCCGCGUCAGCCAUGGCAGGAAGUGUCAUGUUUACGGGUUGUCCGUCUGUCUCAGUCUCGUUAACGCGAUAUCUGACGAAGGCGAGGAGGGAAUUUCUUCAAAUUUCGGCAAAUACAUCCACUUGAACUCAACAAUGAACUGAUUAGAUUUUGGUGGUCAACGGUCAAGGUCACUGUGACCUCGCAAAACACAUUUUGUGCCAUAACUCAAGAAUUAUAACAAUUUCACACAAAUAAAAUGAUGAAGUGAUGACAUUUUGGACAGAAUUGGAUGUAAACUGCAACGUAACUGGUUGGCAGAGGCAUACAACUGCGAGGCGGUGGUUCUAGUUUACUCAACUUACAAGGAGGUUCUGUGUUUGAGCGUGCAUCUAGAGCUCGCCCCCUGGCUACCCGAGGUGGAGUCACCUGAAAAGAUGAGAUAAGAUAAGAUGCAGGAAGAACAACAGCUUUUAUAUCUGCGAACUUCUCUCAAUAUAUCGCCCACUGAGGAGUUUAUUGAAUUUAUUUGCCAAAACUUCCCAGGAUGCAGGAUCUGAAUUGGUUGAGAUGGAAACCUGGCUGGUGUGCGUCUGUAGAGGCAGGAAGCUUUAGACGAGGUAAUGCGCCCAUGCUCUCAGCCUGACUCGGCUGAUGCAUUGUUAGAGGAUCAUAAUCACUUAAGAGGUUUAAUUUGAAGCGUUCCUUUUCUCUAUGCAUGUCAUCCCAGGAGGACGGCAGUAUACAUGAAGGGCAAAAGAAAUAAUGUGUUGGCCGGUAGAAUUAUAUUUUAUUACGCUUACAUGUUGUCAUGAUGUUGCUACCAAAUCAGAAUUGCUUUGUUAAUGCAACUGAAUAUCAAAAAGGUCAUUUACCAAAAAAAUGAAAUUGCAUACUUUUGUUUCCAAAGACUCAGUUUUUCUAGUGAAAUUGUAAUCGCCUGACGUUCAUCGUGUUAGUUAGUGAGAACUAGAGCUGCAACAAAUGCUUAGUCUUUCACAAAAGGAAAGUCCGCAGUGCUCACAAGUUUAAAACGUGUAUUAAAGGUGCACAAAAGUUAAACAGAAGAAAAGUCUCACAUGGCUUUCUCAUAGUGAAAUUCUAAAAACAUGGCCGAUGCUUGGACAUGUUGCUUGUGCAGCUCAAACCUUCUGUUUUGAUAGAAAGAAGAAAAAAGGAAAUCUGCAACUAUUUUCAUUAUUUUAGCAAAAAGCCAAGAUGAUGUGCUUCUAAAGAAAUCAACCAUUUUCUGUUUGUCUUUGGCUCGUGUGAUGGUAAAGGGAAAUGUUUGGGUUUUGUGAAGCUGUUGGAACAAAGCAUUUUGAAAACGUCCCUUUGGGAUCCAGGAAAAUUGUAAGGAGCUUUUUUUAUUUUUACACAUUUUUUUGACAUAAUGUUCAAAAGUCCUCCCAAAAAAACAUUCCUGGAACUCAAGGUGACGUCUUUAAAUUGCAUUUCUGUCCGACCAAUAAUCCAAAAGCCAAAGAUAUUCAAUUUACUAUGAUUGAGAAAUAAUAUUCAUGUCAACAGAAGUACAUUUUUGAUUCUUUUGCUUUAAGAAAAUGACUCAAACGAUUAAUCGAACUUCAAAAUGGUAUGCAAACUAAUCGUUAAUUGAUCUACUCUCUACUUAAAACUUUCAGAUUAUUAGCUUUGUCAAGCGACUGAAACCACAGAAUUACUUGCACAGCUUUUAAUUUACAUCCACAUGACAACCCACAACCUCUGAAGGCGUAUUGUAACCCACAGAGGACGAUGACUGUGCAAUACAUUUCUCCUUUGCUCAUUAACUGAUUCACUGUGUUAAAGGGAUUUUUCAUUUUGUGGACGUGAGAACAGCCGGAGGGCUCCAUUUGAGAUUUUGACUGAACAACACUGAGCCUGAAGAAGAUUUCCUACUUACACACAUGCAGCUUGACCGUUAAGAAUGUUUAUUUUUGUCUUGCGUGACUGCAUAUUUAUAUUGUGCCUUUUAACCGUCAUCUGUAUGCAUAAUCUCAAAGGGAAAGACUUUAGUACAUUUAUCACUGCAUUGUUAUAUUAUCCAAAGUGUUAUCUUACUGCUUUUUUCUUUUUAAACUCAAGUGUUGUGUUUUGUCACUAGACUUUGUUUGAUGUGAUUGUCCUGUCUGCACUAUAUUUGAAAGUCCUCUUUCUAGAAAAUGAUAAAAUCCACUGCUGUUUGAGCGAAAGGAUUCAGAUGGCUGACGCUACUUUGCCGUCAGUUGCGUUCUCAUAAUGUUUUAAAAAUAAUCUCAAUUUGGAGUGAAAACGAAUUUGUGUUUUACAUAAGUUUACUCUCUUUCAACAAUCAAUGUCUGCUUUGUAUUAGAUUUCUGCUUCCUUUUGAAAAGGAGAUUGCAUUUCUUGCGUUGCUGUGAAGCGUUUGGCUUCGCUUUGAGACAAUCCUCUAAUACUUGGUAUUUUAAUGAAGAUCACGUUACUAAAGUGCAAAUGUUUGAUUGUUCAGUGUCGGUGAGUUAAAGGCUCUUCUGUCAGUCCGCACACACCAUUGAGACACCGUAUACAACCUUUUGCAUUUCUUCUGCUUGUUGAAUGUGUUUCUGCGCCUUCACUUCGUCUGCAUGUCAUGUCUGUUUUUGAAGUAUACCAUGGCGGUUACAUAAUGACCAUGAAAUGAUGUUAAAGAGCUAUAUUCUUCUGUGUCCUCUUUCUCUUUCCGAUGCCAAAUGCUGUUUUUAAUUAGUGUGUUUUGUGUUUCUGUAUUUCAUCUCAUCUUCAAGGACCUGUGAGGCCACAUACGGUUACGUAGAGAGCCUGAAUGUGGUCCUGUAAACUGAAUACUAUCAUAAUAAUCUAUGCUAAUUUAAUUACAAUAAUCCUGUUUCCCCCACAUUAGGUGUUUGGGACCUCGUCACAGUCCUGUAAGGUGUUCCUGUAUUCACUCAAUACAGUGUAAAUAAACUUUAACAAGUUUCAGA